UGGUAGCGAGAAAGAGUCACUUCAUGAUAUCCUACUGACGUCUACAUUGACUGAUAGAGUAGCAACAGCAUCUAAAGAAACCCUUCACACUUGGACCGCACGCUAGGGCGACUUCAGUUCAUCUCUACAACCAAACCAGCUACUUCUUUAACUGAAAAUGCCUCUAAAGUUUACUACUGUGAUCCUUGUCUGUGUUGGUAGUUUGUUCUUGUGUGCGAGCGCUCAAAGCUUAUCACGAGACUACGGGGUGAAACUGUGCGGCAGAGAGUUUAUAAGAGCCGUUAUCUUCACGUGCGGCGGGUCCCGUUGGAAACGAUCCUUAGACGAAGACUUGGAUCGCUUCCAGCCCGGUUCCUACAGUGAUGUCACGAAGGGCGAGGACAGCAGAAUCAACUGGCCUCACGGACAUGAUCUAGAGCAGGCAGCAGACCACCCUCUCCAGCUCUCAUCCUCCCUGGCAGACCUCCUCUCACUCUUGGGCGGAGUGGGAGACCAUAGGGGGUCAAUGGUUGAUGUAAACCCCAGCGAGGGGCUUCCGAACCAGGCUUCAGUGCUGGGAGGAGUGGCCAAGAAUCCGAGCAUCAACUGGCCACGGCGUGACAGACAGAAGAGGAACUUUUCCCUGGGCGUAGCUGGCAUGUGCUGUAACCAGGGUUGCACUAAGAAUGACAUUGGGCGUCUGUGCUGAGUGAGACUGGGGCAGAACAGAGAUGGUGGAGGUGGACACUGGCUGAGGGAGAUCACCCUGUACAGAACGGAGAACGUUGCUCUAAUUCUCCUUCCUGUACAGGGUGAGGAGAGCUCCGCCUUCUCUCUGUGUUGUUGGACUGGGUGUGAGACAGCAGUUUUAAGUUUGCAUUUCAGUGUUCCAAGACAAUCACAAGGUUUGGGUUGUUGAUGGGGGCACUUUAAAAUGGCUUUGUAUACUUUUCUGUAUAAUGUGAAAGGAAAAUAGUUUACAUUUCAUUUGAAUUAUUGCUCAAAUUUUGUCUCAUCAUUAAAGGAAUGACUUUGCUACUGAAGUAAGAGCAUCAUUGUACUUCCCUGAGAAACAAAAUAGUUUGAAUGACAUGAAACAUGUAUCUCCCCUAACAACCCACCACAA